GCGCUGGUGGGAUUGCUCCGAGCAGUGAUGAGACUUCGUUGGCCGACGAUUCAGGAAGGAACCAGAUACCAAACCAACGAUGGGUGACUGCCGGUGAUGCAUGAUUGGUCCACGACCGUGAUUUGGGAAGGCACUUGUGAUUUGACGAAGACACCAUAUUCGCUGGGUUUGAGGGACUCGGCGACGGAUAUGGGAUUCAGGAGUUUCGCUGAUGCGGGGCGACCUCCGAGAUGACGAAUCUCAAGCUUGGCGCCGGAUCUGAGUCAGCUUGGCCUGGGCUUCGUGUUGCCAACGACGAGAGGACUUCAGAGACCGACAACGCCAGAGAGAGGGUCGCCUCGGACAGCGGCGGUGCAAUAAUUUCAGAAGCAACUGACUUCCGCCACUUCUGUUCUUGCCUACUGCCGAGCGAUGGAAAGAUGGAGGAGACGUACGGCGGCGACUCAAGAGCAACGGUGAUGUCGAUGGUAGUGAUUAUGAAUCGCGCUCACUGUCGGGCGAAUGGAAGAACGAAGAUGCUGCCACGAAGAUGCAACGGAUGAUGACUGCGGAAGCUCAAAACCCU